AUGGAACCUGAAAAAAUUUGUAUGAGUGAGUCUCAUAAGUAUACUGAAUGUGAGGAAAGCUACACUUGUACUGCAUCCCUUACCCAGCACCAGAAAACACAUAUUAGAGAGAAAACUUACAAAUGUAAAAUGUGUAUUAAAUCCUUCAGCCAGAACACUAAUCUUAUUCAACAUCAAAGAAUACAUACUGGAGAGAAACAUUAUGAGUGUAAUAAAUGUGGAAAAGCUUUUAGUUAGAGCACUAAUCUUAUUUAUCAUCAAAGGUUCCAUACUGGGGAGAAACCUUUUAAGUGUAAUAAAUGUGGGAAAACCUUUAGUCAUAAGUCAUCCCUUAGAAAUCACGAGAUAAUUUAUACGGGAGAAAAACCCUAUCCUUGUAAUGAAUGUGGGAAAGCCUUCAGCCAUAUUUCAGCCCUUACUCAACAUCAUAGAAUUCAUACUGGAAAGAAACUAUAUGAGUAUACUGAAUGUGGGAAAACCUUCAGCUGUAGUACACGCCCUAUUAAACAUUAGGGAAUUCAUUCUGGGGAAAAUUCCUACCAGUGUAAGGACUGUAAGAACGUUUUUUGCCAUAGUACAUCACUAGUUCGACACUGGAGAACUCACAAAGGAGAGAAACCCUAUGAAUGCAACGAAUGUGCGAAAGCCUUCAGUCAUAAUCCAACCUUCACUAAACGUCAGAGAAUUCAUACUGGAGAGAAACCCUUUGAGUGUAAUGAAUGUGGAAAGGCCUUCAAUGAGAGCGCCCAUCUUGCUGAACACCAGAGGAUGCAUACUGGAGAAAAACCCUACAUUUGUAAAGAAUGUAGAAAAACCUUCAGUAGAAGUACACACCUUACUGAACAUCUAAAAACUCAUUCUGGUGAGAAACCCUAUCAAUGUAAUCAAUGUCAGAAACUAUUUUGCUAUAGAACAUCACUAAUUCAGCGUCAGAAGACUCAUACAGGAGAGAAACUCUACCAGUGUCAUGAAUGUGGGAAAUCCUUCAGCUUAAGCUCAGCUCUUACUAAACAUAGGCAAACACAUAGUGGGGAGAAAUCCUAUCAGUGUAAUAAACGUGGUGAUGUUUUCUGUUAUAGUACAUCUUUAAUUCAACAUCAGAAAACUCAUUUCAAAAAUGAAACCCUAGCAGAUUAA